GGCUUAGGGAAUUUUUGCUGUUUCAGAUCCAAGAAAAGCAAACGGAGGCCUUGGAAUGGAAGAAGAAGCACGACAAGAUCUAUGCUGAAAAGAAAGAAAUGGAAAAAAUUGUUGCAGAGUUUGAGGACAUCAUCGUACAGGUGAUGGAGGAUUGUCAGACCCAGAAGGAGCUUGCAAAAAAAGAACUGCAGAAAGCCUUGGAUGCAAAACAGCAGGCGGUCUCGGACCUGAAUGCCUUGGAAAAGUCUUUCUCUGAAUUCUUCAACCGGUUUACAAAACAAAAGGAGGCCAUAGAAGGAUUUCAGAAGAAUGAAGACACACUGAAGAAAUGCGUGGAGGAUUACCUUGAGAGAAUUAAGAAGGAAGAGCAGAGAUACCAGGCCCUGAAGGCUCACGCAGAAGAAAAGUUGGAUCAAGCCAACGAGGAGAUUGCCCAGGUGAGAAGCAAAGCCAAAUCGGAAGUGGCUGCCCUCGAUGCCAGCUUGCGCAAAGAACAGAUGAGGGUCCAGUCGCUGGAGAGCAGCAUUGAGCAAAAGGUAAAAGAAAACAAGGAACUCACAAAAAUUUGUGAAGAAUUGAUUUCUAAGAUGGAAAAAUUGUGCUAGAUCUCUGCAUUCCUCCCGUUUUGUUCUGUUUUCCAAUUUUGGGGUAGAUUAUUUAUUAAAUGUAUUUCUACGCUUCAGUGUCACUAGUUUGACUAAUAUUAUUUGAUAUGAAAUAGUUUCUUUUUAUUCCCACUUUCUGUUUCUAAAAAGUAAUUGAAAAGGCCUACUGUGGCUCUUCUGUGGAUGGCAAGGUUUGGGGUAUUUUUGUUUUUAGCCUGCAGUCUUUAAACUACUCAAUGUUUGAUAGGAUAUUUUCUACAUUCUUGAACUCAACUUUAUUGUUUCCUUAUAUGUUUCUGAUAGUCAGCAAAGAAAAUUAGUUUCAUUUUGUAUGAAACAGAAAAUUUAUCUUUCAUUUAAAAAAUGAAUGCUUCUGAUAUAUUGCACAGACUCUAUAAUAAAAAUUGUUCAUUAACAAGUUGAUGUAUUCAUACAAAUCAAUUUGCUGAAAUUGCAAAAUAAGUCUCUGGUUGUUGAGCCAUCUAUCUCUCUCUUUCUUUGGUCUUUAAAAUAAAAAUGUUUCAUUAAAUUUGUAAA